GAAAAAUCAAAAAAGCCUUUUCUGGCUCAUAAUUAAUUAAUAGCUCUCUAAUUAUGAAUAAAAUUAAAAUAAAAAAAUAAAAAAGAUCGAGAAAGGAAGAUUUCUCGAAAUCUCGAUUCAUUCAUUCCUUCUUUCUGCUCCAUCUUCUUCUCCCACCUGAAAAUUCUUCAUCUCACUCUUACUUCCCUUCUUUGUUUAUGUAAACUAUUUUGAUUUUAGCUUUGAAGAUUCCAUUUUUGUCUUACAAGAGUUUCCUCAUUUGUACAUAGAUCGAAAUUUCAAUACAAUCCGCGUCGUUGGCUUCGCUAUUACGAGCUGCCUUGUUUCAUAAUUGGAAGAGAGAGAGAGAGAAGAUAGAAGAGAGAGAGAGAGAAUAGGUUUCGUUGUCUCUUUCUAUCUGGCUAUUGUGAAUUUUAUCAACAUUGAGAAAAAAUUAGGGUUUGAAUUAGGAGGGAGGGGGAGGGAAGAAGUAGUGGAUCUGAGGUUUAGGUCAACGGAAUUUGAGAAUUGGAGAAUGAUCUGUUUGUUGGUUUACUAAAAUCGACGGUUUGGAUCUGAUCCGAGGAGAGACAGCGCCGCCUUUCCAUGGCGCUGUUCCGUCGCUUCUUCUACAAAAAACCUCCUGAUCACCUUCUCGAGAUCUCUGAGCGUCUCUAUGUUUUUGACUGCUGUUUCUCGAGCGAUGUUAUGGGGGAGGAUGAGUACAAACUCUACUUGGGUGGCAUCGUUGCUCAGCUACAGGAUCAUUUCCCUGACGCUUCUUUCAUGGUCUUCAACUUCAGAGAAGGAGAGCAACGGAGUCAAAUAUCGGAUGUCUUAUCUCAAUACGACAUGACGGUUAUGGACUAUCCUCGGCAAUAUGAGACUUGUCCGCUCUUACCUCUUGAGAUGAUCCAACACUUCUUAAAAUCUAGCGAAAGCUGGUUAUCAUUGGAAGGUCAACAAAAUGUUCUCCUGAUGCAUUGCGAGAAAGGUGGUUGGCCUGUACUUGCUUUCAUGUUAUCAGGGCUGUUGUUGUACAGAAAGCAGUAUCAGGGUGAGCAGAAGACUCUUGAGAUGGUACACAAACAAGCUCCCAAGGAGCUUCUUCAUAUACUCUCUCCUCUUAACCCGCAGCCUUCUCAACUCAGAUACCUUCAGUACAUUUCUAGAAGAAACUUAAGCUCUGAUUGGCCUCCUUCAGAUACUCCUCUUCUUUUGGAUUGCUUGAUUCUCAGAGAUCUCCCACAUUUUGAGGGUAUGAAAGGUUGCAGACCAAUUUUAAGGGUUUAUGGUCAGGACCCUAAAUCUAAAGCCAAUAGGAGCUCUAUUGUUCUGUUUUCCACACCAAAGACAAAUAAACACACUCGCCUCUACCAACAGGAAGAGUGUAUCCUAGUGAAAUUAGAUGUCCAGUGCCGUGUUCAAGGGGAUGUUGUUCUGGAAUGUAUACAUUUGCAUGAUGAUUUGGUGCGUGAGGAAAUGGUCUUUAGAAUCAUGUUCCACACAGCAUUUGUACGUGGUAAUAUUUUAAUUGUGGAACGCGAUGAGAUGGAUAUACUUUGGGAUGCCAAGGACCAGUUCCCAAAGGAAUUUAAGGCAGAGGUACUUUUUUCUGAUGCUGAUACCGUGGUGCCUACUAUUGCAACAGCUCCAGUAUCAGACGAUGAGAACGAUUUUGAUAUCACUUCACCGGAAGAGUUUUAUGAGGUGGAGGAGAUUUUUAGCGAUGUGAUUGAGGGGCCUGACCAUAUGGUUGACUCAGAUAGUUUUGUGGUUGUUGAUACUGCUUCAGAUGAUUCUGAGGGUAAAGAGGUGUGGAAGGGAGACGUGGAACCCAAUGCGUUUCUGGAUUGUGCAUCUGAUGAUUCAAAUCAUAAACAUGAGCUGCGUGGGGAGGCUAGCACAGAUCCAGUCAAAGAUAUAACAGUUGAUGAUGUACAGUAUAGAUCAGAUGGGAAGGCAGACACCAGUAUGGAUUCAGUGAAGGAUAUAGGAAUAGAUGAUAGUGAUGAGCAGCGAAAGAGGACAAUGGAAGCAAAGGAGAAUGAUUCUAGAACAGAAGAGACUCAACAGAAAGGUGAUGGAGAAGGCAAUGAUUCGCAGAAUGAUAUAGAGUCUACAGCUCAGAAAACAAAUACUGAUCUCAACAUCCCUAUAUCCGAAAAAGCUAAAGCUACACCAAAGAAACUGGUCGGAGCAAAUGCAAAAGUAGCUGGAGAUUCACUCAAACCGAAGUCUAAGCAGCAAGAAACUCAGGUUCCUAAUGUUAGAAUGGCUAAGCCUAAUGCAGUUUCUCGGUGGAUUCCUUCAAACAAGGGCUCAUACAAAGAUUCUAUGCAUGUGGCGUACCCUCCGACAAGGACAAACAGUGCUCCUGCUUCAAUUACCACUUCUCUAAAGGAUGGUAAAAGAGCUACAUCGCCUGAUGGAGUGGUUGCAAAGGAUGCGAAGACUAAGUAUCUGAGAGCGUCGGUUUCUUCAUCGGAUAUUAUGAGGAGUCGAACUCCAAUUUGGUUAUCACCAGAUUCUAGCCCAAAGGAAAAACCGCCUUCUCUACCUAUUUCUCCACAUAAGGCGCCUACAACUCCUCAGCAUCCACCUACAACUCCAGCCCUACCUACUCUAACCAGCGAGGCUACGUCAGUUUUACAGUCUCCACAAGCAGUUGCAUCACCUCCUUCGCCACCACCACUGCCUACUUAUUCUUCACAGAGUCUAAAUGACAGCUACUCUCAGACAUCUCAUGUCCCAGAACCACCUCCAUUUGCAUCUGACAGACUAAAUAAUGGAACCAUGUUGCCGCCACCACCUCCACCUCCACCUCCUUCUUUUGCAUCUGAGAAACCAAACAAUGGAACCGUGUUGCCACCGUCUCUUCCUUGGAAGUCUGUGUUUACUUCAUCUUUGGCAACUCCUACGACAUGUUCUACUUCUCAACCUCCUCCUCCACCACCUCCACCACCGUGGAAGCAUGUGUCUGCUUCGAUUCUUGAAACUCAUGAAACAUGCUCUACAUCGUAUAACUCACCGCCGCCACCACCACCACCGCCACCUCCUCCUCCUCCUUUUAGCUCAACAGAUACAAGAAAAUCAAAUGUAGAUUACAUUCCUCAGCCUCCUCCGCUGCCUUAUAUGAGUAUUGCACCUUCGCCAUCACCCAAGAUGUCUCCUACUAACGGCUUUUAUGAUGCUCCUCCACCUCCACCACCACCACCUCCGCCUCCUCCUUUUAGUAAAGCACAUUCAGUCCCUCCAUCUCCGCCACCAAGUUAUGGAUCUCCAACUCCACCUCCUCCUUUUAGUCACGUAAAUUCAGUUUCUCCACCUCCUCGGCCACCAAGUCAUGGAUCCCCUCCUCCACCACCUCCUCAGCCACCAAGUCAUGGAGCCUCUCCUCCACCACCUCCUCCACCACCACCACCUCCAUUUGGAUCUAGUAGACCUCUGCCACCAUCACCACCCCCUUUUGGUGAAACUUCUCCUCCACCACCACCUCCACCACCACCUCCUUUUGGUAAUACUUCGCCACCACCACCUCCACCACCACCUCCUUUUGGUAAUACUUCGCCACCACCACCUCCACCCCCACCUCCUUUUGGUAAUACUUCACCUCCGCCACCACCACCUCCAUUUGGUAAAUCUUUACCUCCUCCACCACCACCACCUCCGUUUAGAUCUGGUGGACCUCCUCCGCCACCACCACCUCCAUUUAGUGCCGGUGGACCUCCUCCGCCACCACCACCUCCAUUUAGUACUGGUGGACCUCCUCCGCCACCACCUCCUCCAUUUAGAUCUGGUGGACCUCCACCUCCACCACCACCUCCGUUCGGAUCUACUGGACCUCCACCACCACCACCACCUCCAUUUAGAUCCGGUGGACCUCCACCGCCACCACCACCUCCAUUUAGUACCGGUGGACCUCCUCCUCCACCACCACCUCCAUUUAGAUCUGGUGGACCUCCGCCUCCACCACCUCCUCCAUUUAGAUCUGGUGGACCUCCGCCUCCACCACCUCCUCCGAUGCUUGGAGGAGCACCACCGCCACCACCUCCCCCAAUGCGUGGAGGAGCACCACCGCCACCACCUCCCCCAAUGCGUGGAGGAGCCCCUCCUCCUCCUCCGCCUCCUGGUGGUAGAGCUCCUGGACCGCCCCCUCCACCGCCUCCAGGUGGUCGUGCUCCUGGUCCACCUCCACCUCCUGGACCAAGACCUCCUGGUGGUGGACCUCCUCCACCUCCUGGACCUAGACCUCCUGGUGGUGGACCUCCAAGUGCAGGAAGAGGGCGUGGUCUUGCACGUCCAGGUUUAGGGUCUUCAGCUCCAAAAAAGUCGUCUCUGAAGCCUUUACACUGGGUUAAAGUGACAAGGGCCUUACAGGGAAGCUUAUGGGACGAGUUACAGAGACAAGGACAAACUGCACCUGAAUUUGAUGUGUCAGAAAUAGAGACCCUUUUCUCUGCUAUAGUGCCAAAACCGGUUGAUAAAGCUGGAGGUCGAAGAAAAUCUGUUGGGGCAAAACCUGAAAAAGUGCAACUGAUUGACCUUAGGAGAGCCAAUAACACGGAGAUUAUGCUUACGAAAGUAAAGAUGCCGCUGCCUGAUAUGAUGGCUGCAGUUCUGGCAAUGGAUGAUACUGUACUAGAUAUUGAUCAAAUAGAGAAUCUUAUAAAGUUUUGUCCAACCAAGGAAGAGAUGGAACUUCUUAAGAACUACACUGGCGACAAGGCAACUUUGGGAAAGUGUGAGCAGUACUUCCUAGAGCUAAUGAAAGUGCCACGAGUAGAAUCGAAGAUGAGAGUAUUUUCCUUCAAGAUUCAGUUCGGCACUCAGAUAACAGAAUUCAAGAAAAGUUUAAAUGCGGUAAAUUCUGCGUGUAAUGAGGUUCGUACUUCACAAAAGCUAAAAGAGAUUAUGAAAAAGAUUCUUUACCUGGGGAACACAUUGAACCAAGGAACUGCGAGGGGCGCUGCAGUGGGAUUUAAGUUGGACAGUUUAUUAAAACUAAGCGAUACACGUGCUGCUAACAGCAAGAUGACUCUCAUGCACUAUCUAUGCAAGGUCCUUGCUUCCAAGGGAUCAGAUCUACUGGACUUCCAUAAGGAUCUUGGAAGUCUUGAAUCAGCGUCAAAGAUACAACUGAAGUCUCUGGCUGAAGAAAUGCAAGCUAUUAUCAAAGGGUUGGAGAAACUGAACCAGGAGCUCACUGCAUCCGAAAGUGAUGGUCCUGUUUCUGAAGUUUUCCGUAAAACAUUGAAGGACUUCAUUUCUGUUGCUACGACUGAAGUGGCAACUGUAUCGAGUCUUUAUUCGGUCGUGGGAAAUAAUGCGGAUGCACUUGCUUACUAUUUUGGAGAAGAUCCCAAACGUUGUCCAUUUGAACAAGUUACGGCAACCCUCUUGAAUUUUAUAAGGUUGUUCAAGAAAGCACACGAAGAGAAUAUAAAGCAAGAGGAAUUGGAGAAGAAGAAAGCCGCUAAGGAGGCAGAGAUGGAGAAGGCAAAGGGAGUGAGUCUCACAAAGAAACCAGUUGAUGAUAGCUGA